CUUGGCAUCUCAACCCCCAGCCAGACCACAUCCAUCACACCUCUGCUGCUUCUCCAUGGCAGGAUCUUUUUUUGGGGCUGCACCAUGCAAGGAUCUUAGUUCCUUGACCAGGGAUCAAAUCUAUGCCCCCUGCAUUGGGAGGUCAGAGUCGUAACUGCUGGACCACCAGAGAAGUCCCUGCAUGGCAGAAUUUUAAGGCACUAAGCCUGCUUCCUGCUGGACACAACUUCCCGUGAGUUCCAGGGAAGGGGAGAAGCGACGGACACCACCUGCUUCUGACACCUUUGCCUUGGAAAUGACAAGCAGGGACAGAGGCCAGAGUCUACAGUACAGAGUAGGGGAUGACUCAACUCAAGAAUGUGUCCCUUAGGAGAAGGAGUUUGCCCUCCAACGCCCUGCCACAGGGCUGGCCUGGCCUCUACCACCCCAUCUGCUCAGGUUUCCAACUCCUGGGCCAGACUUGGCUCCUCACCGCCCCAGGAAGGGCUGCAGAGGUCAUCAUAUUACCCACCACUUCUCAGGAGCAGGCUCUGAGCGCCAGACAGAUCUCUGCCAUUGUAUCUCCUUCAACCUCCUAAGGACCCAGCCAGGCAGGUACUUCUGACCCCACUUCACCAUGCGGAAAAAGAGGUUCAGGGAGGCUAAGUGACUUGCCCCGGGGUCACAGAGCGUGUAAGUGGCCGCCACCAGGACCUCAGCACGGGGUCUCACUCCGAAAGCCGAUGCGUAACUGCUCGGCUCCGGCAAGUCCCGCUCACUCACUGGGCGCGGGGCAGCCAGGACCGGCAAGCUCUGUACUUUCCCUCCCGGGAUGCACGCGGGGAGCGAAGGGUCCGGACGGGUCCUGGCUCCCGGCCGGCCGUCGUCACCUCGCCGGGGAACGGGCGCGGGUCGCGAAGGAUGCCCCCGCCCUUGGACUUCGGACUGCCGCCCCGCACCCUCACGCUCACCCUCUGUCCCCUGCCCCGCCCCGGGCCCUCACCAUCGCCGCAGCCGCCUCGCCGCUCCGGCUCUUCUGCCCAAGUGGCCGCAGUGCCAGGGGCCCGGGAGGAAGCGGAGGGCGGGGCGGGGCCUGCCCGGAGAGGGCGGGGGGCGCGCCUCCUCUGAGCGGCGACGGAGACCGGGUGAAAUCGAAAGCUGCCGGCUAUGGCUCCCGGGAUCCGGGCACACCGCCUCUCGCGGGGCUGGCGGCGCCCGGCUCGGGAGGAUUCCCCUGCCUCGUGAAGUGGGGGCUCCACCUAAUCAGCCUGGUGUCAGAUCUACACCUCAGGAGUCCUGUGUAUGAAAUGGUCAGAGUGGAGUGGGCUCGGGAACGCGGGCUCAACGGGUCCUCUCUGGAACUGCAUCCAAAUCAGGUAGAAGAGUUCACCUGGAGUUCACCUGGACAGGCAUCAUUUGUUCAUUCAACACGCGCUCGAAGGAGCGCCAUUGUCCAGCGCUGUGCUAGGGGACUGGAGAUGCAGAGAAGAGCCCGGCCAGUGUCCCUGCCACCUUAGUGAGUGCAACUCACCCAUAACCAAAAACCGACCCC